AAAACCCUUCCAUAUCCUUUGAGCGCAUUCGCCUCCGUUGCUUCUUAAUCUUCAUCGCGAUUCCGAUUAAUCGGAGCUUCCGACUCGUAACAAUAAUCAUCAUCAUCUCUCUCUCUCUCCUCCUCUCAGCGUUUCCGUUAAGAUCGAAACAAUGUUUAACCUAACUCGAAUCAUCCUCCCUCGUCUACACUCCCUUUCCCUUAACCCUAAUACGACGUCGUAUUCGAGAAUCCUCCAAUCUCUCGGAAACCGCUCGUUUUCCGAAAAACCAGGAUCCGAUGGAUCCGGAUCCAACGAUAACGGCUGGGAUAUCCCAACGGGAGGAGAAUCGUUCUCCUCCGAUCUCGAUUGGGAUCACAAAUCGAUGUGGUCCACAGGCUUAAGCAAGGAUCAUUUCGACGGCGUCUCCGUCGGCCGUCAAAACACUCCUCCAUCAUCCGACGACGGAGGAUCUAACGUGAUGAGCAAGCUGGGACCGAGAGAAGUCGCUAUGGUCAACGAGAUGAACGAGUACGACGACAUGAUCAAAGAAAUCGAAAAAGAUAACAAACACAGCAGAGUUUUCGUCGACGGAAUCAAACAGAAGAUGAUGGAGAUGAGUGUGUUGCUUAAACAAGUCAAGGAGCCUGGUGCUAGAGGCACUUAUCUCAAAGACUCUGAGAAGACUGAGAUGUACAGGUUGCAUAAGGAGAAUCCUGAGGUUUAUACAGUUGAGAGGCUUGCUAAGGAUUAUAGGAUCAUGAGGCAGCGCGUUCACGCUAUUCUUUUUCUUAAGGAGGAUGAGGAAGAGGAGGAGAGGAGGCUUGGUAGGCCUUUGGAUGAUUCUGUUGAGAGGUUGCUUGAUGAGUAUCCUGAGUUCUUUGUUUCACAUGAUAGGGAGUUUCAUGUGGCGUCGCUUAGUUAUAAGCCUGACUUUAAGGUGAUGCCGGAAGGGUGGGAUGGGACUAUUAAGGAUAUGGAUGAAGUUCAUUAUGAGAUUUCGAAGAAAGAGGAUGAUAUUCUUUAUGAAGAGUUUCUCAGGAGGUUUGAGUUUAAUAAAUUGAAAUGGAAAGGAGAAGUGAAAUGCCACAAGUACAGCAGAAGACGUUCAUCAGAUGGAUGGAAAAUCACGGUUGAGAAAUUAGGUCCUCAAGGCAAACGUGGAAAUGGAGGUGGCUGGAAGUUUGUGAGUCUUCCUGAUGGAUCAAGCCGACCUCUCAACGAAGUGGAGAAGAUGUAUGUUAAGCGUGAGGCACCACGUCGCCGCCGUAAGAUUCUUCCUUGAAGUUACUAGAACCAGACUCUAUCAACGGUAAUGGGGAUGUUUAUGGUCUCCCUUGGGGAGUGUCAAAGUUGAAACUACUUUGCUUUUGUUUGAUCUUUUGUUGAAUAGUAAGAUGGGUAGCUUUUGUUUUUGUUGUUUAGCUCUUGCUUUUAUCAGUGGCCCAAUGGUUCAAAUAAUCGUAAGACUCACAUUUCUGAAUCUAUGAGGUUCAAUUAAUAGCUUAAACAUUUUAGAAACAUAUGCUAUCUUAUAUUUUAUAUCAAAU